CCCCCCCCCCAAAAAAAAAAAAACCUCCCUCUUCAAUGCGAUGAUACCAUCUCCCUCUCCAAUGCAGUGAUUCCAAUCUUCUCUCCGAUGCGGUGAUGCCAUCUCCCUCUCCCUCUCAGAGCUUCUGUCUCAAACUCGCAGUGAUUCCAUCUUCUCUCCGAUGCGGCGAUGCCAUCUCCCUCUCCCUCUCAGAGCUUCUGUCUCAAACUCGCAGAAAUUUGUAUGACUCGUUGGAACCGCUGUUCACGCCGAUGAACCGAUGGCAACCUGCUGAAACUACAUCAGCUGGUUUUACCACUCUCCAUCGAUCAGUAUCGGUCGGUAUCUUCCCCUGAAAUCCAUAUCGAAUCAAUUUCGGUCUUAGUCAUGUUGUUGGUCCAGGAUUUGGAGGUGGAAGGGACUCAUUUCUUCUUGUGUGUUUUUAUUGAAUCUAUAUGUGGUUUAUUGAGUGAAUCAGCUCCCUUGAAAAGUAUGUGCUUUGGAGGAUUUCUUGAUGAAAUAAACAUUUGCAGAUGGUUUACAGUCGAAAUGCUACAAUCAGAUGGGUUUCAAAAUGGGGGGCAUUUCUCUCUUCUUAGAUAUUUCUUCCCACUUUUCAGUCUUUCUUGGCUUUCAUUAUUUUUAAAAUUCUAUCAGAUGAUGACGUGGUCACCAAGUUGCUCGACGGUUGCGCAUAGCCGGUUGUGUGUGUAUAGGUAGUUGGAAACCUAGACGAGGAAAGAGUGGGGAGAAAUCUCAAAUGAAGUUUUUGAAAUAUGGCCGGUUAAACAUAAUUUAUAUCAAAAAAAUCCAUUUACCACCAAAAUAAAUUUUGAGUACGUAGCUUAUUCAAAAUUAUUCGUUAAAUUUCAAGUGGACUUCCCAUAUAUAUUUACAAUCUUAAAAAAUUUUAUGGUACAUGACAUUGGCCUAAGUUCGGUGUUAGGCCCGGGUGUUACAUUUGGAGAGUAGGUAGGAAUUAUAAAUUUUUUGGGGAGAGUCAUUUUCUAUAUUUAUAAAAUUAUAGGAAUAUUUUAAAUUUUUUUUAAAAAAAUUGGGGGGCAGGGGCCUAGGCCAAGUGUAGUUCAGCCAUUGGUUGAAAGGUUCACACCAGGACACAACUAUUGGAUGAAAGGUUCAUACCUUGAGGACAUGGUUUUUUACCGUGGAGAAGGCGGAAGAAUCAAAAUAUGCCUUCUAAGGAUGCUGGUCUUAUAUCUUCUGCAAUAUUUAGCUUAAAUAUAGCUUAAAUAGGUUUGCCAAUAAUGGAAGCUUUAUGUAGAGUGCUCUUAGGCAGCAGGAUGAAGGAAGCUCAAGCAGAUAUAUUAUGCAAGAUACAUCCGUUCGACGAAAGAAGGAUGAGGAUGAUGCUGAUAUUCAUCUAGCUCGAAACAUAAUGCAUAACAAACAGUUUACUACGCAUGGUCAGGUAGAUGAUGAAUAUGAUUAUGAAGAUGGCCCUAUCAGAAAGGCUCAGAAGAAGGGUUAGAGGGCAAAAGGAGACCCAGAAGAAUAUGAGACUGUUAACUCAACAAGAGAGGUGCCUUUUUUGCUUUGAGGAUCCAAAGGCGCCAAAGCAUCUUAUUGUGUCAAUUGCACAAUUCACAUACUUGAUGUUGCCACAUUGGCAGCCUGUAGUGCCGGGCCAUUGCUGCAUUGUACCACUGCAAGUGAACUUAACUUGUUUCCAAGUAGGAUUUUGCCUAUAGGUAAAAAUGACAGUGUGGUCACAGAGUUGUAUCAAAGGCCCAUCCUUUUAAGUUUGAACUAAUGAUAGAAAAGAGUGGGAGAAUUGCGGACUACUUGAUCUAUCACAAAAAUGAUAAUGAAUAAUGUUUGCAAGGUCAGUUGUAUAACGUGCUUGUACCAUGAGACGCAAUAGAUUGUCUACCUGGUCUGGACAGUAGGGUGAAUCUGUUCAAAGUGGUAUUAAUCAAAAAAAUCAUUCUUGGGGACAUGGACAUGCCUCUUCUUUUUCUGUUAUUUAACCAAUUUCCCGGAUAUGAAAAUUGUAUUCCCUGAAACAUAUCUAUUUGCUCUGCAGCAUGAAUCGGCCACAAGAAUUGUGGAGGAUAAUGUGUGGGAAGAAAUUCGCAACUUCAAGAAAUGCCUUAUUAUGAUGUUUGCAAAGCAAGAGAAGGAUGUGCUGUUUCUUGAGACAGUGAUGGGCUUCGCACAACAACGCUGCCAUUGUUUGAUUGAGUGUAUUCCUUUGCCCCGAGAAAUCGCCAAACAAGCUCCUCUUUGUUUUAAAAAGGCGAUUGAUGAAGCCGAGGAUGAAUGGAGCCAACAAAAUGCAAAGAAGUUCAUUGAUACAAGCCAAAAGGGGUUGCGUGGUUCAAUUCCCAAAAACUUUCCAUACUUCCAUGUUGAGUUUGGUCUAUAUAAGUUAUUUGUCCAUGUAAUAGAUGACGAGAAACAGUUUAAGAGCAGCCUCGGCCUAAAUGUCAUAAAAGGCAUGCUACAGUUGCCAGAGGAAGACAUGCAUCGUCGCCGAAGGUAUGAGUCCAUUGAAGUUCAAAGGGAAGCAGUUAAAAUCUUUGUCCAAGACUGGGGACCUUUUGAUUGUACAAAACAGCUUCAGCAGGCAUUGUGACAGUGUCAAAGCGCGCAGUUAGAACUCAUUGCCUGCAGCUGCAUCUUCCAUUCAGCAUUAUUUAACUGAUUCAGGAAUCAGGAUGCCACUAGCACAAAAGGCACCCUUUUCCACAUGAAUAUCCUCAUCACGAUUCACGCCUAUAAUCUGUAAGAGCGUAAAAAAGAUGAAUGUGAAAUCAGGCACCAGAAUGGAAACCCCACAUUCCCAAUAUGUUCUCAGUUCCUUUGAUCGGCGGUCUUCUUUCGUGCCAUAGCAAAUAUGAUUUUGUCAAGCUUCUCAGCCUUUUCCAGCACAAUCUCAUUCUGUGGGAGCGAAAGGAUGGACAGAUUGAUGAUAUUUUUUUCCUAGCUAGGGCAAAACAAGCAAUGAAUGAAUAGAAAUCAACCUGAGGUUUAUGGAUCAACCUACCAAAAGAAGAUGUCUCUGUUGCAUCUCCCGAAUGAAAAGGAAUAGGAAUGACUUAGAUAUUGGGUCUUGACUGCAGAGAAGGUGUUUUAACAAGUUUAAUGUUGCAAAGAAGAUAUUGACUCCUUAAUUUUCUCGAUUGCUAGUCCAUUAUGUUUGAGAGUCUCGGAAAUUAUGACAACAUCUGUAUUCAAUCAAAGUGACAAUCAUUAACAACUGAAUUUCUAGCGGAUUCAUUCUUAA